ACCGAGAGCCGCAGUGAGGCCGGCCCGGCUCCGCGGUGUUCCGGCGCCGCUGUCAGCUCCCCUCCCGGUGCGAACCACCGUCGGGGCUCGGCUGCGGAAGCGCAAUGGCGGUGCACCGGGGACCCUCCACCAAAUGGCUGUUCACCCGGGAGCAGCUGGAGAACACGCCGUCUCGGUGCUGCGGGGUCGAGGCGGACCGGGAGCUCUCGUACCGGCAGCAGGCCGCCAACCUGAUCCAGGACAUCGGCCAGAGGCUCAACGUCUCUCAACUCAUCAUCAACACCGCCAUAGUUUACAUGCACAGGUUUUAUAUGGUCCAUUCUUUCACCAAGUUCCAUCGAAAUAUCAUUUCCCAGACCACGUUGUUCCUGGCAGCCAAAGUGGAGGAGCAGCCCAGGAAGCUGGAGCACGUGAUUAAGAUCGCUCAUGCCUUCAUUAACCCGCACGAGUCGGUCCUGGACACGAAAAGCAGCGCGUUCCAGCUGCUGGCCCAGGAGCUCGUAGUCCUGGAAACGGUCGUGCUGCAAACGCUGGGUUUUGAAAUAACAAUCGAUCAUCCUCACACAGAUGUUGUGAAAUGUUCCCAGCUCGUGCGAGGUAACGUCUGCUUCAACCUUUGA